AUGCGCUUCUUCGCCUUCACCCUCCCCUUCCUCGCCCUCAUCACUGCCAACCCCCUUCCCUCUCCCGAGUCCGCCGAGCUCGCCGUUCGUCAGGCUACCGACGCCCUCGCCGCGCGCACCUGGUUCGAGCACGACUGGCGCUGCUCGUCCGACAAGGCCAAGUCGGACUGCAAGAAGAGGGGCGGGGAGUGGGCGUGCGACAAGUCGUGCGUCUGCGUCGAGAAGCCCAAGGAGUGCGGGACGUACUGCCCUCUUCGUGAUCUCAAGAAGAAGGCGUGCGAGCUCAAGUGGGGAUACACCUUCAACGACGACAAGUGCUCGUGCGAGAGUACUUGCCCGGACGCCGACCACAAGAAGGCCGAGUGCGCCAAGCAGGACGGCAAGUUCGACCUCGGCUCGUGCUCGUGCGCCGUCCCCAAGUGCCCCUUCGCGGACGACAAGGCCAAGGAGUGCAGCAAGAAGGGCCUCGGGUUCGACAAGGACAACUGCUGCUGCGCCACCCCUCCCCCUCCCCCUCCUCCCACAUGCGACUACACCGGCAAGGCCAAGGAGUGCACCAAGCAGGGCCUCGGGUUCGACAAGGCCAACUGCUGCUGUGCCGCCCCGCCCACCCCUCCCAAGUGCAACGACUGGGAGAAGCAGCAGUGCAAGGGCAAGUGGAACUCGGACAAGUGCACGUGCGAGAAGGAGGAGGACAAGGGGACGUGCGGGGACUGGUGGCAGGUCUGGCUCUGCAAGCUCAAGGGCAAGGGGUGUGACUCCAAGUGCAGCUGCUAUUAA